AUGGAAGAAUUACGCUACGAAGACUAUCAAGUUAACAGAAAAUUUCCACAACCACCAUCAUUAUUUGGGUCAACAAAUAUAUUGUCGACGAGUGGAACAACGACAAGUGCAUUUAAUCCGUCGCCAUUUGGCACAACUGCUUUUGGUGCAAAUCCAUCAACUUCGACGCCAUCAACUAUGUUUGGUUCACUAACUAAUGGUAAGACUAGAACUAAUAUUUUGAUAAGAGAAGAAAAUCGUGAUAAUGAAAAGGAACAUUCUAUAUUUUUAAUCUUUUUAGCACCCACAACAACCGCACCAUUCUCAUUUGGUGCAAACACAGCCUCGACAAACAUUUUUGGUCAACCUUCUGCUAUAACAACGACCAAUACACAGUUUAGAAUGCCUACUUCUUCAGCAUUCGGUGCUCCAUCAUCAUCAAGCUCAUCGAUUUUUGGCGGUGGUACUACGACUAAUAUAUUUGGCAAUACUGCAAAUACAUCAAUAGCGUCGCCUUUCAAUCUAAAACCAGCAUUAACGAGUCAACCAUCGUUCGGUUUUGGCCCAACAACCAGUAGUGCACCAUCAUUUUCAUUUCCAACAAAUACUAGUACCUCUAUUUUUUCGCAACCAAAUACAUCAUUUGGCCCAACAACCAAUAUAUUUGGAGCGGCAUCAAGUGCACCGUCUGCGUUUGGUACAACUACUUCACCAUUUGGCCUGACUACUUCAACAUCGAAUGCUUUUGGUACAACGACUAGCACGACUCCUGCUUUUCCUGCUUUUAAUUCAGGAUUCACGGCAUCUGGGACAAAUUCAAUUUUCGGUUCGUCAACAACAACUCAACCUAACACUUUUGGCCCAACAACGAGUCAGCCUAGUACAAAUCUUAGCUCAUUAUUUCCAAAUAAUACUUCGAAUACGAAUACCUUUAAUACAAAUAUAUUUGGACAACCUCAACAAUCAUCAUUGUUUAAUCCUGUUCCACAACAGCCAUCUAUAUUCAAUCAACCAGUUCAAAGUGCUACCGCAGUUCCACCAUUCAGUUUUGCACAAACGUCCCAAACUAAUCCACAACAACCACAAAUGAUGAUGAAUAAUUCUAAUAACAUUCAAUUAUCAACACAGCAAAAUCAACAAGCAAUAGAGAGUCAACGACGUUUUUUACUUGCCAGUUUGCUUGAUCCAUAUGCUAGUCGUGGAAUAAAAGAUUACAAACCAAGUGAUCAAAUAAAGCCGCCACUUGAUUUAAUUGUUGUUACAUCGUCUGGUACAAUGUCGUCAAAUAUAGUCACCACUUCAACAGCUACAACGACAACACCUUCUUCGUUAGUUAUUAAUCAGACUCAUCGUAAAACAGCAUCUCAUCCGCUUGUUGAUAUACGUUUUAAAUUAACACCCGUUUCUUCAUCACCAUCGAAUAAUCACAAUGACCUUAAAUCACCGAAUAGUGGUCUAAUCAAUAGUCCAUUAUCAAACGAUUUUUCAGAAGAAGAAGAAAUGAUUUUGAUCGGACGUACAAAAUUAUCAAAAUUACGUUUGUCAAACGGUGAUUUUGUUGAUUCUAAUGAUUUACGUUCACCAAAUAAUGAGGCACCACCGUCUUCUAGUUCUCUCUAUCCUCUUCGACGUUUGGCUGAAUUAGAGACACUAUCAAAUAAUAACAGUGACAAAAAUACAAUGUUUGAUCGCUUACCUGUUGCUCCAAAAAUAACAGCGACUCUUGUUUCCUCAUCAUCUACAACUGUUGAUACAGCGUCUGCUUACGGCAUAAGUAAACCAAACACAACAGAUUUUAUGCUAAAACCAACAAUGGCAAAUACUGCAGAUAAUUCGACAAAAAUGUUACCAAUUGCACAUUCUACACCACUUCUUCAUAAAAUACCCUCACCUCCCGGCCGAACAACACAAAUUCAACAUCAAAUCGAACCACCACGCUAUGAACAUGAAGAUGAUGAUCGAGUUGUGAAACCAUCACAACGUUUAGAACUACCGAAAUCUCAACCAACUAUAUCUUCAAAACAAACAAACGCUACAAAUCUCUACAAAAAUUCAUCAACAGCUCGAAGUGAAGAAUCUCGUGCAUAUCGUUUACCAAAAUUAAGUCGUAGUGAUUAUUAUAUGAAACCAACACCGACUGAUUUAAAAAAACAUUUUAAUGAUCAAGGACAAUGUUUCAUUAAAGAACUUACAGUUGGAAGAGAUAAUUAUGGAUCUGUAACAUUUUAUGGAAAUAUUAAUGUUGCUGGUCUAGAUCUUGAUCGAUUAAUUGAAAUUGGACGACAUGAAGUAACUGUCUAUCCAGAUGAUAGUGAUAAACCACCAGUUGGAGAAGAAUUAAAUGUUUUAGCUCGAAUUACAUUAUUAGGCGUUUAUCCAACUGAUCGAUCGACUAGAGACCAAAUAAUUGAUCCUGAGAGAAUCAAUGCCAUGAAUUAUAAAGAUUAUCUUAAAGAUAUUACAAAAAAAUUUGAUGGCGAAUUCGUUGAUUAUAGUGCUGAUGAUGGAGCAUGGACAUUUACGGUCAAUCAUUUUACAAGAUAUGGUCUAGAUGGAAGUGAAGAUGAAUUUCUUUUACAAAAAUUAGAUAAACAACUCGCUGCAAAACAACAGCCACAAACAACAGUCAUAAAUCAGUUUCCAAUACAACAAGAACAAGGUCAAAAAAAUUCAUCUUCCACAGCUGAUUUUCUAGAUCAAACAAUUGCUGUCAAUGACUCUUAUACACUAUCACCAAAACCUCGAAUAUUUUCUAAUGAACAAUCGUUAAUGUUUGAUGAUAUGGAAAAAGAAAAUUCAUAUCACCCGGCACUAUCUCGACCUGCGACUGGUCUAUCGUUGCUUGGUCUUCCUUCAAGUGAAGUUGAAAAAUUAGCAAAUUCAUUAUUUGAUGACAAUGACGAUGAUUAUAUGCCCGUAUCGGAUGUGUUUACUAAAUCAACUGACAAAAUAGUAACAUCAACGAGAAUUAUUCCUGAUAAAACAAUAUCUCCUUCACCUCCUUUAAUUGAUUCUUCAAAAGCAAAACCUCCACCAUCAACGACAACAUUUUCAUCAAUUAACAUUCCUCCAAAACCUUUACCUAUUCGUGUCUAUCAAACAUUACCAAAACAAAUAGCAUUAAUCAAAGGAAAAUAUUUUCGAACAAAUAUUUCUGAUCAAUUACAUUAUAUGUCUACUGAUCGAUUGAAUGAAAAACGUUUAAUUCUAUAUAAUUCAUUUGAAAAUCAACAAGAUGAUGUUGAUAAUACAAAACGAUUUUUUGAUCUUCAUUUAUCAUGUUCAGAGCAAUCAACAAUGUCAACAGAGUCAUUGCCACAUUUUCGAGUAAAAACCACUCCAACUAUUCUUAAUAAAUAUAUUGAAUUCUAUACAAAACUAAUUGAUGAACAACAAAAUGAAAUGUCGAAUGAGGAUCAUAUUAAUACCUUUCAUGAAUAUACAUUACAAAUACUUGAAUUAUGUCGUCUACUAUGGACACCAAUAGAAACAAUUGAUGUUCAAUCUAUAAAUCAAAUCUAUUUUGAAGAGCAACAACGACGAAAAAUGCUUUCCGAUUGGUUAUACCAAUGUGUUUUGAGUAAACCAAAACGACAGCAAUGGAUAAUGCAAAAUUUUGAAUUUUUAUCACGUGGAUUACUUAAUGAUUGUGUCAAAUAUGCAAUGGAUGAAGGAGAUUUAAGAUUAACAGCAUUGAUUAAUGCUGUUUCGGGGAGUAAUACUUGUCGAGAUAUUUUACGCCAUUGUGCCAAUGAAGAUAUAUUCGAUAUAUAUACAGAAGACUUUCAAAAGACCAUUGCAAUAUUAUCCGGUGAAUUUAUUAUUAAAGGAAGAAAUGUGCUUGAUGUCAAUCGUGAUAUAUGUUGGGAAAUGGGAUUAGCAUUACACAUGAGAUAUGCUAAUUCAUUAUCGGAUUCAAUUUCCACCAUUGUUAAAGAUUUUGAACUUGCAUGUGAUGAUAACUAUUGGUUGAAACCUUUGCCAGAUCAUUCAAAUGAAGAUGAAAAUGAAGAUUCGAUAUUAGAUAUGAGAUGGCAGUUAUUGAAACUAUUUACAGAUGAAACAUAUCCACUUGUAAACCUUUUUAAUGUGAAAUCGUAUACAAAUAAUCCAUUUGACUAUCGUUUAAGUUGGCUUCUUUAUGUCACAUUACAAUCAGUUGGAGCUUAUCCAUUAUCGAAUGACCAUGAUACACAAAUACAUUUAAAUUAUUCUAAACAACUUGAACAAAUGGGUUUAUGGAAAAUGUCGAUAUUUGUUCUUUUACAUAUAAAUAAUGCAAAUAGUCGUUUAACAUUGAUUCGAGAAUGUUUAAAUCAUCACAUGACAUCUGAAUGCGAUAUAACACAAGAUGAACAAUAUCUCAUUGAUCAAUUUUGUAUACCAUUUGAACUUAUUAUGUCAUCAAAAGCAUUAAGAGCCGAAAAUGAUAAACGAUAUACAAAUUCUGUUUUACUUUGGUUACAAGCAAAAAAAUUUCGUCGUACACAUGAUCUGUAUUGUAAUCAUAUCUUUCAUGAUACAUUACUACAAGGUGAUUAUGAAUUUGCACGUCGUAUUCUUGAACAACUCGAUAAGGAACGGCGAAUAAUUGCACAUUGGAAUUGGAGAGGCGGAUAUUUAAAACAAUAUGUUGAAUUAUUGAUUAUGUUUGAAAAAAUUGAUCAAGGAAAUAUUCAAUUAUCAUACAGUGUUCAUAAUCGUUUAUUAACACAUACAAAUCAAUUAUGUGAUGUUUUACUCGAUGUGAUAAAUGAUAAAUACUUGAACAAAAUGAGUCUUGUUGAAAUUGGUCGACGUUUAUUGUCGAUAUUAAGUUAUGCACUCAUCUGUCAACAUACUCAUGAUAUAAUCGUCGAUAAUGAAGAAAAUUUUCAGAAAAAACUAGAUAUUUUUCGUCAACAGUUAUUAUCAAGUGUUCCAUGCUCUAUUCCAUUGAAUGUUAUUUGUACACAGAUUGAGUCUCUACGCAUUCAACUGUCGUCAUUUACCACUUUGAGAUCGUGA